GGCUCUCGUUCGCUCAUUAUUUUCGCCGCCCUUCUUUCAACCCUUUAAUUUUCCAGGGGAAGAAAUUUAAGCUCCAGGGCCUUGGAAAUCUUAAUAGUCUGCCGCUGCACUCUGUCAUCAUCAAAGACAUACAAUACAUAAUUCAAAACAGCAGUCCGUUCCAUUCGGAAAGGACAGGCGUUACGAGCCAAUGCCGAUGGGCGACCAGCACCACAAUCUUUAUCACGAUGAACAGCCGCUGGGUGACGGCCAGCAACCACAACAGGCGACACCGGUAUCCCACCUCCAGGAACCGCCCACCGGCGCUUCUGCAUCCACGUCACCACAACUCUCCAACGCGUCAGCUUCGCACAAACGGAAGCGAGACUCGAUCGACGAUUCCGAGAGUAGGGAUGAAGGGAGGUCUGUACGGGAGGGAAGUAAUAGUGGUCGCCGAUCCUCUUUUAAACAAGCUUCCCCAAACCUUUCCAACUCUGGAUCCUUUAUCCCUGUGAAUACAAACUCCAAACAAAAUUCUUCACCCAGCCCUGCCUACAAUUUUCAUCCAUCCGCAGUCCCCAUGAACGGCUCCACUAGUGCCGAGGCCGCAAACGCUGCUCUCGCCGCCGCGAGCGCAAUGAGUGGUAUGAUUCCCCAUAUGUCCUCCUCGGCGCCGUUAGGGUUUUCCCAGGGGGAUGGAGGCGGUGGUGGGAAGGGUCCGGAACAUUCUCUAGACGGCGGUUUUGGUGCGUUAUCACCUCCCCCAGCGGAAGCGCACGCUGAGGGGGUUGGCGGGAGCGGAGGUCAUGUCCCACCCCCCGGUAAUCACGGACAUUCGCAUCACAGCCAUGGGUCGCCACAGGGCCCAUCCAGCAAUCCAAAACCGCAAGUCGGGACUGAGGAGUGGCACAGAGUUAGGAGGGACAACCACAAGGAGGGUGAGUUUGCACCAUCCCUCCUGCGCAGCUGAAUAUGGAAAAUCCCUGUCUAACGCCUUUAUGUGAAUAAUUUAGUGGAGCGUCGCCGCCGGGAGACCAUCAACGAAGGCAUCAAUGAGUUAGCAAAGAUUGUUCCGGGGUGUGAGAAAAACAAGGGAUCUAUUCUCCAGCGUGCUGUUCAAUAUAUCCAGCAACUCAAGGAGAGUGAAGCGUCUAAUAUUGAAAAAUGGACCCUUGAGAAGAUCUUGACGGAGCAAGCCAUCGCCGAGUUGAGCGCUAAUAACGAAAAGCUACAGAAGGAAUGUGAGCGCGCUUGGAGGGAGGCGGAAACCUGGAAGAAGAGCUGUUUACAGGCCGGUGUGACUAGAGAGGGCGGUGGUCAGCCUGGAGGCUCAUCAUGACACUGGGCGGCAUCUUUCGCAGAUUGGUUGUUAAGAGUUGGGAUCAGUGCGCGAGUGUGUGGAACUCGGGAGCUACGAGGGCAUACAAGGGCAUUCAAUGGGUCGCGAGGCAGAAUGAUGAUGAUAAUAACGGUUGUUACGAUAAUUAUGAAGACACCCUGAGGAUACGAAGAAACACCCAUCACCACCACGAAUACUCUACGAAAGCCUAAGAUGGAUCUGCUUUGGUGUUUGGCUCUUGUUCCCCCCCCCCCCCAAGAAAAAAGCAAUCAUUUUUUCCAAGCAAACUUGCAGGAAUUUGUCCUUUUUUUUUUCUGUUUAAAAUUCUCUUCGGAGUAACUGCGGCCAGGGAGGCGAUUUGAUACCGACAGAUUGUUUUCUUUCCGCUUUGUGCCAUCUCCCUUUUCUUUUCUUUCAGGAAUUUCAUUUUCCAAGAGCUUUUUCCCGGGCCCAUAUUCAUCCUUGCGUUGUUUUCCCUUUCCUUUCCUUUUUUUUUUUCUGAGUCUGUCACCUUGUCAUUUUUUCUUUUUCUUGUCCAUCCAUUGUCUGGUUUUCACGUGACAUUCGAGGAGAUUUGUAGCUCACGGAGGAAGCUGGCUCUUGUUCUACUCUCACGAUUUGUGUUUUUGCCUGCCCCUCCGCUCCAUGCCCCCCUAUUUUCCCACCCGCCUGGUGUUUGCUUUCUUGUUAAAAAAGUGCCGUGUCUACGGUGUUUAUAGUUUUAUAUUGCUACCCCGGAUGGCCCCAUAAUGUCUUGAUAUAAAAAGUCCGGGUUUGGUUUCUUUUCUCCUUUCCUUUCCACCUCAAUUCUUGCGUCCUGAUGGUAUAACGGGGGAUUUUUUUUUUUUUUGGGUUGGCCCUUUGUUUUCUUUCCUGACUCUCUAGCUCUGAAUUAACUGACAUUUACCUUACAAACAUCCUAUCUCCGUACCUGUGUCCCUCCUGCCUAUCAAGAUACUAGCUUCUUGCUCACGUUUCGUCUGCUCCUUUUUUUUGUCGUUCCGUUUAGUAUUUGUUUUUUUUUGUUUUUUUUGUCAUUCUCUCGAGUAUAUCCCGUCCGGCAUUACUCUUUGCGUCUGUUUGCAGCGGUCGUUACUUGGUUAAUACUCUCCCCCCCCCCCCCUUUCCCAUUCCCUUUUUGCUAACCUUACUUACAGUAGCUCUUUCUUGUUCAGUCCCCUUUUGUUCUCAUUUCUCCGUAACGUUACGAUUGUUCCACUUUUUUCUCCAUUAUUUCAUUAUGAAAUAUUCUUUCAUGCUUCCUGGUACAUAUAUUUGUCACCCUCCAUCAAACCUCCUAUCCCAUCCACUCAUCCCCUGCCUUAUCAUGUUUUGUUAUUUUGUUAUGCUGUUUGUUGUUCUUUUUAUGUUGUGUGCUUUUUUUUUUUUUUUUUUUUCAAAUGUCAUGUGCUCUGUUUAUUUGUCGAAUCAAUUCAAUCGAUCAAUUCGUAGGGUGGGUGAGCAAGUGCCGGCUUGGCUGAUUAUGUUUGUGCGUUUGAAAGUAUUAAGUAUAGGUUGCAGCGGUGCGAUAUUGUACUGUACCUCGUCUAAACCUUCACAAGGUCCAAUUGUUCAAAUAGACCAAACAACCAGAGCAGAUAUACCGUACAAUGAUCCUUCCCCACUGUAAUUGAAGAGUCCUAUGAUUCCUUCCUUCCUUCAAGCACCCUGGAGUCUAUAGAGUGACCGAGAGCAAAACUACGGGUGCCCUACGCUACCCCACAAAAGCCCAAACCGCUUUCGAAGAGAGUGAGGAGGGGAAAGAAAGAAAGAAAAGCUAAUUUACCCUCCCACCUUCCCUCCAGAACUUCCCUGUAGCGUACGGUAUCACACG